GUAACGGACUCUCUCUGGGUUUGGCCGGACACAAACUCAAGCCCUUUUUAGUUUGUAGAAACUAACCUAGAGUUUUUCUGGAGCUGUGAAGGAAACUCCUCCUCUAACCUAGCUUGCAUUCUUUCCUGGACCGUUUUCUCCCAAACGAGGGAGUUUGUGGAGAGAGUGAAUGUGUGGAGAAGAGGGGAGGAGACCAGCUGAAGACACAGAGAACAACACAGAACUCCAGACCAAAGUUUCCAGAAGAUCUGUUGGUACGAGUACACAAGGAUCCACAAAAAUGGCGUUCCUUUUGAUGUUUGUGACUGUUCUGCAUUUGGUCACCCUGGCCAUGCUUUUCAUUGCCACCAUGGAGAAGUCCUGGUGGUCUUGGGGAGACAUAGAGAACACAGAUCUCUGGUAUAAGUGCAUCUAUGAAAACGCCACAGAAACCUGGUUAUGUGCUUCUGCCAGCGAGAGCGAAUGGCUGCAGUCAGUCCAGGCCCUCAUGAUCUUAUCUGUGGUGCUCUCUUCCAUCUCCUUCAUGGUGUUCCUCGGACAGCUCUUCACUAUGUCCAAAGGAGGACUUUUCUAUUUCACUGGCCUGUGUCAAAUAUUUGCAGGUGCUGCAGCGUUUGUGGCUGUUCUUAUCUACACCUUUCAAAGGAGAGAAAUUCUUCAAGAUGCUCGUGAACUGGAAAUGGGUCAUUUCGGCUACUGUUACAUUCUAGUGUGGGUGUGCGUGCCCCUUUUACUCGUCAGCGGAGCACUUUAUGUGCAUCUGCUCAAACGGGCCUGACUUUCUGCUUAACACCACACCUGUACUUUAAUAGUUUAGUCUGCUAUGAGAUUAUACAGUAUAUGCUUAUGGCUGUUUUCAGGCAAGCCAGUUUAUGAUAUGGCUUAUUGUUAUUUAUUAUUAUCAUAACAGUUUUUUAGGACCCAACUCCCAACACCUGCUUUGCUGCUUUAGUGGAGAUGCAACAAAACUUUCUGUAUUUUCCCAUAGUGGGGAAACUGUUGUUCUAAGUUUGAUGCUGACAGUCAAGUGGGAUUUUGGUGCAAAAUGCUUGUUAAAAGAAAAAAACGAAAAUUUGCUGAAAAUUUAUUCACCUACAGGAUAUCCAAGGCAUACCUGAGUUCAUCAGAACAGAUUUGGAGAUCACUCGCUCACUUGAAUGGGUGCCAUCAGAAUGAAAGUCCAAACAGCUGAUAAAAACAUCACAGUAAUCCACUCCACUCCAGUCCAUCAUUUAAUGUCUUGUGAAGCAAAAAGUUGGGAAACAAAUCCAUCAGAAGACAUUUUGUAAUCUGUUGCUUAUGGCUAAAAUAUGAGUCCUCUAUCCAUAAAGUUGCACAGAUCAUGCACCGUUUACAAGCCAAAACAGCUCUAAACAAAUAUGUGAGUGGAUUUUGAUAUGAGAGGACAUCAGGGGAUGGACUAUUUUUUUGUUAUUAUGGAUGGAUAUUUUGUCCAGAAGUUAUGUUUUUGAAUGUAAAAACCACACAAACGCCAUAAGUGGACCUCAGAUAACAGAAUCAAAUAAUAAAAAAGCCAGUUUAUGAUCCCUUAACAAUUAAAACACCCCAAAGAUGGAUUUGUUUCUUGUAAGCAAGCAACCUUUCGCCAUUAUCAGCUGUUGAUGGCACCCAUUCACUGCAGAGGAUCCAUUGUUGAGCAAGUGAUCAAAUGCUACAUUUCCCCAAAUCUGUUGAGAUGAAGAAAACUAAUUUUCAGCUAAUUUUCAUUUUUGGGUGAACUGUUAUUUUAUGCUUACAAAAUAAA